UGAUAUACAAGUCAGACUCCUAAUCAGUCGACUAUUAAUGAUAGGCGACUCAAUAUACCUCCCUCUUUGGAGCGCUCGGACUCGGUGCCGGAUGGCUUGUCCGAAACGCGGCCUACUGAUCACCCGUGGAAAGGUGCAAAACGGCGACACAGCGACAAGCGAAGGGCAACAAAGAGGGCAUCGUAUGCAUCAUCUGAUAUAAAUUUGCAAGUACCAGAGGAAGCACUAUUUCAACAAUUGAUCGGCCGAUUGAGAGCUCGGGAGGAAAGCGAAGCAGUAGCCUUAGACCGACAGAAAGAAAUGGAACAAACAAUUUUAGCACUGAGCGAAGAAAACAAAGUUUUGAAGGAGGAACUCGAGAUACUUGGCUCCAAGCUACAGAAGCGAACGAUGGAAUCCAGGGCCUACAAAUAUCACACAGAUUCAUGGAAAUCAAAACUGGCAAAGGUCAAGGUAUUCCUGAACGAACUGGGCACUGGCUAUCAGAAUCUCCGCGGCGAGGCAAUACACCUCAAAGCAACCCGAAAGACGCUGGACAAGGAGCGUAAGGAGAUAACGGAAAGUAUUGGAGAUAUCAAAUCACGAAUGUACCAGAUCUCCCAAGCUUCCCAGGAGAGGCGAGGUUGCCUUUCGGAAGCGCAGACUCUGAUGGCCUUAUUAGGAGAGCAACUAAAAGAUGCGAGAGAAAUGGCACAGUAUUCUCAAGAUCAGUUGACUGACGAAAAGAAAAGAUCCCGCUUGCUCGAGUUAUACAUACAAAACUGUUCACGCGCUCAGGACAAAAAGCUCCAGCUUAUUAAGACUAACCAGCUCGAAGCCAUGAAAAGACUUGAAUUUGCCUUCGAAUCGACGACCAAACGCUGUGAAUCAUCACGCGCGGUCUUUGGUGACGCCUUUGAAGAAAAGUUGAAUAACCUGAUUGCAUUAAUCGGCACCUCAAACGAAACUUUUUCUAACUGCAAACUGGAUCUACUGAAAUGCAACGAAGCUAUUCACACGUUUGAGACCCGCAUGGAUACGAUGACACGCCAAAUAGGAGACGAUAUUAAGAGCGGCUCAAACGUAACUGAGGGAAUGGUAAAGUGCCUGGAAGAGCAGCUUCAAAUCGUCCAAGGCGGCCUGAGCGACAAAUCAUCCCUAUACAAGCAACUCUCCGCUAGCGAGGAACGUUCUAUGCAUCUUCAGACAAAGUUAGAAGGAGCGAUACCAGCUCUGGAGAAACUCGGCUUGAGCAUUAAUGGCUUGCGAGAUAGAGAAAUCGAUCUUGGACAGAGGAUGGAGGGUCUGGAAGCAAGAUUGGCCGAGGUCAAACUUCCGGAGCGAUUCGAAGACGAUUAUUUCCCCAUUUCGGAGAAACUGAAGCUCGAGAAUGAGGUACAGCAACUAUACCUCAAGUUGGAGUCAACGAAAGAGAAACUGGAGGCUCAGCACCUGGAUGGGGAGAAGAAACAGGAUGAUUUACGUGAGAUGACGGCACGAGCCCACAAAGCAGAGAAGAAUGCAAUGAAACUCGAAGAACACACUGAUAAAUUGCAAGAGACGAUCGAGGAGAAGGAAAAUGAGGCACAAGAGAGCAUUAACAGGGAAGUUGCAAGCGUUAAAGACAAAUGCAGUGCGGAGUUCGAAAGACGACAGCAUGAACUAUUGAUGGAAAAGGUCGAGCUUGAGGGGGACGCAAAACGAGCUAAGGAGAAACUGGUUGAAUCGCAACGCAAAUUGGUAACUUCUUAUAUGGCAUCCACACGAAUAUAGCGCUUACGAGAAACAGGUUGAGGUUGAAGACUCGACCAAGAGACAACGCAAGGAUCUAGAUGCAUUGCUCUCUGAGCGGC